AUGGCGACGCUUGAGAAAUCCGUGGACCCCAGCCCAGAGGGCUCGCUGGCAACGAUACCUGAAAAGUCCAGCGAGUCCGACACCCCCAAGAAAGAUGGGGGUAUGAAGAGCUAUAUCAGGAUAUUCGGCUAUACUGACCGGUUCGGGUGGUUUCUCAACGUCCUGGCCUUGGUCGGGACUAUCGGCGCAGGCAGCGCAUUGCCCCUGAUGGAUCUGCUCCUCGGAAAGAUGAUCACGACCUUCAACAAUCAAGCUACUGGCGCCGAUUCUGGUUCAAAGUUUCAUUCCCAGUUGAACAAAUUCACCCUCUACUUCGUUUACUUGUUUGUUGCAAAAUUCGGCUUGGUGUACAUUUGGACUCUAUCCUUAUCGGUCUCCUCGCUCCGGACUACCAAAGCCAUCCGCAUCGCUUUUUUGACUCGCUUGUUGCAACAAGACAUCGCCUAUUUCGACUCCAACCAGGGUGGAUCACCUGUUGUACAAGUCACCACAAAUGCCAAUCUCGUCAACCAAGGGAUUUCUGAAAAGCUUGGGUUUGCAGUACAGGGAAUCGCCACAUUCGUGGCGGCCUUCAUCGUGGCCUUCAUCGUACAGUGGAAGUUGACGUUGAUUACGAUCUGCAUCGUCCCGGUUAUCAUUGUGGUCACCUCUGUAUGUGCAGACCUUAUGGUCAAGCAGGAGAACAACAUCCUGCGCGUCAACGCUGAUGCCGGUUCGCUGGCAGAGGAGAUCCUGGCUAGCAUGAAGACUGUUCAUGCGUUUUCCGCGUUUGCAAAGUUGACUGCCAAAUACGACGAGCUGGGGCUGGAAUCCAAGCGUCUGGGCUUAUCACAGUCCUUAAAUAUGGCUAUUCUAUACUCGGCUGAGUUCUUCUGCGUCUAUGCGGGCUAUGGCCUUGCCUUUUGGCAGGGUGUCCGCAUGUAUGCGCGAGGGGAGAUUGCCGAACCCGGAACAGUUGUCACAGUUAUCUUCGCCGUAAUUGUAGCUGCCACAGCCAUGACGCAGAUCGCACCGCAGAUUAUCCAGAUUACCAAGGCUGCCUCGGCCGCUCAGGAAAUGUGGGCUGUUAUCGACCGGGAGCCUUCCAUCGACGGACUUUCGCCCGAGGGAGCCCGUCCAGACACCUGCAUCGGAGACAUUGUGCUGUCAAAUGUCUCUUUCGUAUAUCCCACUCGGCCACAGGUACCGGUCCUUCGGAACGUCACGUUAGAAAUUCCUGCCAACAAAUCCACAGCCCUGGUCGGGCCCAGUGGUUCCGGCAAAAGCACCGUCACCGGCUUGUUGGAGAGGUGGUAUGACCCAUUGGAGGGGUCAAUCACGCUUGAUGGACGAGAUGUCAAGGAUCUUAACAUUCAGUGGUUGCGGACUCACCUGCGCAUCGUUCAGCAAGAACCGACACUGUUUAACGGGACAGUCUUUGAGAAUGUGGCUUAUGGCCUAGCCGGCACUGAAUAUGUUCAUGCGCCUCAAGACGAACAGCUCGAGCGCGUUAUUAAGGCAUGCAAAGCGGCAUAUGCCCACGACUUCAUUGAAGGACUCCCAGAGAAAUACGACACUCAAGUCGGAGAGCGAGCGACCAUGCUGUCGGGCGGACAGAAGCAGCGCAUCGCCAUUGCGCGAAGUAUCGUUUCGGACCCCAAAGUUCUGAUUCUCGACGAAGCUACCAGCGCCCUCGAUCCACAGGCAGAAAAGAUUGUGCAGGAAGCGCUGGACAACGUUUCGGCCUCACGCACGACCAUCACCAUCGCCCAUAAAUUGUCCACCAUCAAGAGAGCCGAUCAAAUUGUGGUCCUAUCGCAGGGUGAAAUCGUCGAGAAAGGUACACAUGACGAGCUUGACAGAACGGGUGGUGCCUAUCAUCGACUCAUCCAAGCCCAGGACCUUGGUCGAGUGCAGAGCGAUAAUCCUCCGGCGUCAAAGGAGGAGAUGAGCGAAAGCGUGCGGAUUGCGACAAUCCCUUCCGGACGGCGGGAGAGUGUCAAGGACAGAGGCGUGGUCAAUAACAUCGAAGCACCUUCAACCCGCAGCAAAAGCUUGAUCCAAUGCUUGUUCAUUCUCCUUUCCGAACGAUGUGAUCUUUGGUUCGAGUUUUUUGUCGUUUUCGCUGCCUGCGUUCUAGGAGGUGCAACUUAUCCCAUUCUGGCUUUUCUAUUCGCCAGGAUCCUGGAUGUGUUUCAAAUUGGAUCCUCGGAUCAGAUGGUCAAGAAAGGUGACUUCUACGCUCUCAUGUUCUUUGUGCUGGCCCUUGUUGUUCUUCUGGUGUACGCGAUUCUAGGCUGGGUAACGAAUGUUAUCUCAACGUGUAUUGUAUACAUCUACCGGAUGGAGAUGUUCAGAAGCUAUAUCCGUCAAGACAUGACUUUCUAUGAUCAACCAGAACAUGUCACUGGGUCUCUGGUGUCACAUCUAUCCACCAAGCCAACUAGUCUCCAGGAGCUUCUCGGUUUCAAUGUCGGUAUCAUUAUCAUCGCACUGGUGAACAUAGUGUCUAGCUCUAUACUUGCUCUGGCGGUUGGCUGGAAGCUGGGACUGGUCGUGCUGGCCGGCGCCAUGAUCCCCAUGGUCUUCUGUGGUUACCUUCGAAUUCGUCUUGAGUUCAUGUUGGACGAAGGCAUCUCUAAUCGCUUCUCGCGAAGUGCCGCUUUAGCUGGAGAGGCCGUAUCUGCUAUCCGCACCGUCGCCUCGCUGGCUAUCGAGCGAACAAUCCUGCAGCGGUAUACCGAUGCAUUAGCCGGGAUUGAGCGACGGUCGAUCAAAUCAUUGAUUUGGACAAUGUUUGGGCUUUCCUUGACGCAAUCGCUGUCCUUCCUCUCGAUGGCACUGAGCUUUUGGUACGGCGGACGCUUGUUGGCCAGCGGCGAGUAUUCCUCGACACAGCUCUAUAUCGUUGUCAUCGGCUCCAUCCUUUCCGGGGAGGCGGCAGCAUCGUUUUUCAUGUUCAGCACCAGUUAUACGAAAGGUCAGGCGGCCUGUAACUACAUCUUCUGGCUUCGAUCCUUGCUCCCCGAUGUUCGCGAUGGCGAUUCCGACUAUACCCCAGAUCAGGCCUCUGGUGCCGCAGGAGUGAGUCUUCAAGACGUCGGAUUCCGUUAUCCUACACGUCCCAAUCGACCGGUGCUAAAGAAUGUUAAUGUUGAAAUCCACCCUGGCCAGAUGGUCGCCUUUGUUGGACCGUCCGGCCACGGCAAGUCCAGUUUAAUCUCGUUAAUCGAGAGAUACUACAAUCCCACGUCCGGGUCUAUUCAAUUCGACAACUUGGACAUCGUGAACAUGCCUCUCUCCUCCUACCGAAGCCAUCUCUCACUGGUCCAGCAAGAGCCGGUGCUUUAUCAAGGAACCAUCCGGGAGAACAUCGCCCUGGGACUAGAAUCAGAAGCAACCGAUGACCAAAUCGAGCAAGCCUGUCGACAGGCGAAUGUCUUUGAUUUUGUGUCCUCCUUGCCCAACGGGCUAUCAACUGUGUGUGGUUCUAGAGGCAGUCUCUUCUCGGGCGGACAACGACAGCGACUGGCGAUCGCGCGGGCACUGGUCCGCCGGCCUCGACUGCUUCUCUUGGACGAAGCGACGUCGGCAUUGGAUACAGAGAGCGAGAGAAUUGUACAGGCUGCACUUGACAAGGCAAAGGAGGGUCGGACGACGAUUGCGAUCGCGCAUCGUCUUUCGACUAUCCGACACUCAGAUCGAAUCUUUGUGCUCGUGGACGGUCGCAUCAAGGAACAAGGCACACAUGAGCAGUUGCUACAACAACGAGGGACUUAUUAUGAGAUGUGCUUGGGACAAGCGCUCGACAGGGCUGCCUAAUAUUGUUUCAGCCCUGAUUUCUGUACUGGAAUAUUCGCUCGAUCAUGUUUGGGACUCAGUGGGAUCCGGGGCGUUCAUAUCUGGUUUGGAAUACAACCUUCCUGUAUAUUAAUACCACUAUCUUGACAUAAUAUCACGACACAUCUCAUCUUUCAAUAAGCUGACAAACUCAUUGUGGGAGGGAUCUCAACAGUUCGCACGCAGGGUACGCAUCUCCUGUCAACAUCAACUGUUG